CGGGCGAUAGCAGCUGCGCAGCUAUCGACCAACCUUCGGCGCUCGUGGUUGUGGUGUCGGUUUUACGCGUAUUUUUUUUCCAAAAUAACUUUCGUAGUCGGUGUGCUCACUCGAUCGGUGUGACGGUGUAGUUUGGUAUAGCAGUGAUUUAAUCGAAACGGUUUAGUGUGUCGUCGUUCGUAAUACUAUAUAGUGCGCGUGAGUUCGUUAUACAUUCGGGAAAAACUUUACCUAUCUCGACAUUUGUAAUUCGUUUCGAAUGGCUUCUCAAAGUCCAGUGGUGUCCGAAUUCGCGGGAUUUUCUUUGGUUUUCGUAGUUGUUGUUGGGUCACAGUGUGCGUAAUAAACGAUGACCGUAGGGCCCAUGACACGGAACGGUGAAUGUAAGAAGUUCUCGCCCAACAUAUUCAACAAGUCAAAAUGUACCAAUUGCUUCAGGCAGAAGGAGGAACACAGCGCCGAAGCCUUGGAGAGCAAUCGGGCUACGAGGAAGGCUGUGAAAUGCGGAUAUUUGUUCGUUGCACCUGGGCGAGACUUUACCAACCCCAUCAAUCGAACAAAGAGAUGGCAGAGAAGGUGGUUUGUGCUGUUCGACGACGGAGAACUGAUUUAUUCGCUGGACGAACACCCGGACACCGUACCGCAGGCCAGACUGGACAUGUUCACAGCCAUCGCUGUGGAAGAAGCUGACGAAGCGACCGGAAACCCACACAGCUUAGCCGUUACAUCCUCUGACCGGAGUAUUCACUUCGUCAGGGGAGCAUGCAGGGAAGAAGCCAAGGGUUGGAAAGACGUACUUACCUCAUACAUGCGUCAUACUACUCAGAUAACUCCGACAACCAACAGCGGCGUACAAAAGCACAAGCGGAACUCGACGUUCCCUGGUCCAAACACUACAUCCGGCGCACUGAAUGGACCGGUGGUAGUCAGAGCCACUACCAUUUCUACGAGUACAAAUUUGGCUAGUCAUCAGCAGCAAACGACGGGAUGGGUGACCAUGGCGCCAAGUGUACCCGAUCGGGACCAAAGACCACGUUCAUCAACAGCUCCCGUUAUCGUGGCCACAGUCCCUACAAACAAAACAGACCGAAAAAUUUAUUCGAAUUCACCACCUACUCGGGAAAAAGUUCGCACAGAUGAUAAUGUACGACAUAGGUCCACUGAACAACAUCGGUCAAACUCCAGUCUGUCUCAGACAUCUUCUUCCGGGUGGGAUCAGACCGAUUCAACAGAUUGCGUUACCAGAAGAUUGUUGAUCGAGGAGUACGAAAGUGAAUGUAAGCUAAAAGAAAUCGCUGAUUCGAUCAGUCGGUUACAUCCUCGAAAUAUAAGUAAUGGGAUAUUAUCCAAGCCUAGAAACAUGGAGCCUACGAGGGAUUCAGAUGUUACCAAUCAAAAACAGGUGCGUGGAGAUCCGGACGGCUGUGGAUUGGAUUUGUCUUUACGAUACUCGCCUAGUUCAGAACUUAGAGUUGAUUUACCUACUGAGGACUUAUUGAAUAUAAAGAAAGGCUGGCUUAUGAAACAAGGAAGCACAUCAGAUGAAUGGAACAAACAUUGGUUCGUAUUGAGGGGUUCUGCGUUAUUAUUUUACCGCGACCCAACGGCUGAAGAUCAAGGCAUCUUAGACGGUGUAGUUGAUUUAAGUUGCGUAACUACUGUUAGUGAAGUGCAAGUCAACAGGAAUUAUGGGUUUCAAACAAUCUCUUGGGAUGAUAAAAAAGUUAUAUUAUCAGCAAUAACGUCUGGAAUACGAACCAAUUGGGUAUCAGCCAUACGAAGAUCUGCUGGGCUUACUGAAGAAAAUAUGACUAAACCUUCUUUGGACGGUACAUUGUCUUCUUCGAGGUCGAUAGUUUUUUCUUCUGAUGAUGAAUAUAGAACAGCGUCUGAAUGUGGAAGACGGGAAAGUAGUGAUUGGGGUGAUACUUUACCACCGUCGCCUCCUCUGAACCGAACUCCAAUAUCAAAAGUUAAGGAACGAGCUAGAGGUGGUCCUAGAAGUAGAAUAUUUACCGGAGGAUCUCUAGCUGCCAAACGUUCAAAAUCUUCUCCUCCCGUAUCUCCAAGAAGUAUAUCUGAAAGUUCAAAGUCUGACGAACUUUUGCUAUCGUCGUGUGCAGAAUCUGACGAUACUAAGAGCGAUCGAAGUUCAUUAGUGGGCCGAGUAGGGAAACAAACAGAUGACCUGGUUGAUGUGAAAAAACAACUAACUAGUGUAUUGUGUCAGUUGAGUAAUGCUGAGCAAGAGUUGAUAAGACUGCGACAACGUAGACAUGAUGUGUUAGCGUUACAAAAACAAAUAGAAACGAUGGGAACGUCGUUAAAAAUGGCCGAGGACAUGAUAAAACAGAAAUCAGACCAAUUGGUGGAAUUCGAUUCAAUGAAAAAAAUUUAUAGAGAUGAAAAGAAAAACUGGGAAACGACUUUGUGUUCAGUGCAAAAUGAGUCGGAAAAACACCUCGAGGAAUUGGAAAGAACUAGAGAACAAGUUUCUAGACUUCGAGGCACUCUAGCAGAUGUAUCCGAUCGAUUAGCUAGAGGCAUCGAAGAAAACGAAUCUCUUUACAGGAGGGUUCGUGAACUAGAAGGUCGGUCAGUGCCAAUAAAUGCAUCUAUCCGGGAUAGCCGAGCUAGGAGUUUAGAUUCACUUAGUGAUUUAACUAAUAUUGAUUUAGACUUGGAUACUGAAAACAUGGAUAAAGAAAGGAUUAUUGAAGAAUAUGAAGAUUUACGCUGUAGAUUCGAAAAAGCUGUUCAAGAAAUAAGAGCAAUGAAACGCGAACUUAGAGAAUCAAACAUUCAAACUGAUUGUUUGGAAUUAGAGUUGAUUAAUGCCAGACAAGAUUUACAGAUUAGGCAGCAAACGUACGAGGCUCAAGCUUCUAUGAUGGCAGCUAGAAUUCAAGAUUUAACUACAAAACUUACUGCAGCUGAUAAACAGAUUCGAUUGUUAAAACAAAAACUUACCAAAACGGAGGGGCGUGAAAAACGUCGUUCUUUGUCUCUCAAAGGACGUGAAUCGUUUACUAUAUGCAAAGAGUUAGAAGAGAAACUAGUGGAUUUGGAAAAGAAAAUAGGUAAACUCGACGUAACUAAUGGUAAUACAAUAGAAAAGUCCGAUUCCAAAGAUACGGGAUGUCGAGCCAGCACAGUUGCGUCUAGGCUGCGCCGGAAGUCAUUAGAUAGCGCAACGAGUAGUGAACCUAUGAAAGUGCUUAUUAGAAUGACUUCUUUAGAAAAUAGAGUCACUGACAUGCAAAAGGCUAAUUCGGAUACCAUGAAUAUUAUCGUAGAAGAUGGUAUUGAUACUAAAGAAGCUGAAAUCUGCAAAAUCGAAUGCGCUUGGCGUGCGAAAAUGAGCGAGAUUGCAUCCAAAAGAAGAAAACUUCAAAACGAAGGCCGUUUGGACGAUGAAGCGAGAACAACAUUAUUAGCUGAAAAAGUUGCGACUGAAUCGGUUUUUUUAAACAAAUUAAGGCAGUUAAUUAAAAAUGACAUUGCAGUAGAGGCAACAAACCGAAUUAAAAACCGACUCGACUCUAAUAUCGAAUUAAUCGCGGAAGUAGAUAAAAUAGUUGGAAUAAAAAAUAACACCGAAAAAAGAGUAAAAGAAUUUAUGGACAACAGGUUGAGUUUAAUACAAAAAUACAAAUGGGAUUCUGAUGAAGUGAGAACCAUCGCUUAUGACUGUUUAGAAAACAUUGUUACGGACACUGAGAUGCACAUGGCAUUAGAUUAUUAUUUUAAAACGCAAGAUUUAUCUGACAAGGGAAGCGUCAUGCUGAUCCAAUGUGUAAUGAAUAGAGGGAAAUUGGAAACGUGGUUGAAUGAAGUUCGGAAUUCAAUCGAAACAAAAAUUGACGAAGUCUUGCAGAAUUUACCGACUAAGGCGAAACGUACUGAGGAAAAAAGUUGUUUAGAGGAGUAUUUCGAAGUGGCAGUGUUGCAUUGUAUGCUAGAGUCCGGUUUGAACCUGGUGGAAAAGACUCCAAAAUGUAAAACUGACAUGGACGAAGGCGAAGCUCUAUCCGAGUGCCAAUAUCUAGCGGCCAAAAUGUAUCAGUGUUUGCCUCCGGUAGACGAUAAGCGAAUGUUGCAUGACAGUCUGGGAGGAGUUGAAACCGAAGUGAUGGCUUUACGGUCAUGCAUGGAAGAGAUAAUUGAUAAGCGGCAGUUGAAUGGACCUGUGUCUGACCCACAGCCUUUACGCAAUGAAAACAAGACCACGUCUUGGAUAGAAGAUGUGUGUAACAAAUGUCACGAUUUGCGCAUGCAAAUAGCCUCACUACAAAUGUAUCUAGCACAGUGCCAGGAAUGUCAGAGAUGUAUUUAUCUACAGGAAAAAAUCAAGGGAUAUGAACAGGAACGCGAUGUCGAACUGGAAGCCGUUAAUAAGCAGCACCAAAUGGAUGUGGCUGAACUAAAGAGUCGUUUGGAGGAGGAGAAACGAAAAUUAUCGGCCGUAAGCGACCAAGAACAAAAUGUACUUAAGGACCGAGUAAGAAAAUUAGAAAAACGCCUAAGCGCACUAGACUCUGAAUACAGCCAACAAAUGGAUAAUUUAAGAUUAUCCUAUCAAAUUUCGUUGGCUUCAAAUGAUUCGUCCAACAGUAUUAUGACAGAAGAAUCAACCAAGCUGAGGUAUCAAACGGAAAUCGAACAUUUAAGGGCAUUAUGCGAAAAAGGUCUUUUGGCAAUGGAAAACUCGCAUAGACGUAUAAUCGUCGAACUGGAGGAAAAACACCGCCAGGAGACCGAAUCGUUAAAACUGGAAAAAGAACAGGCACUUGCCGAAGAAACCCACGCGACUUUGGCCGCGUUGGACGCGAUGAGAAAAGCGCACGAGGCUGAAGUGCAAAAAGAAGUGACCAAGUUCAAGACUGAAUUUUUGAAAAAGAUCCAAUCCAAUCACGACAUCGGUGCUCUGCAUAAAGAACAUGAAGCCGAAAUGGAAGAGAUCAAAAAAGAAAUUCUCUCGUUGUCCGAAAAGUAUUCAAUCAAGUGCGUCGAGUCGGCAAACCUGGAAGAAGAACUGAAAUCGGCCAACUCGCAACUGGCACAAGCCCAGCAGCAGAUCAUGCAAUUGGAUUCCAGGAACAAGCAACUCCGUGCACAUUUGGUGUCCGAAACCAACGAUAAUAAUAUGUCUUCAGACUUCGAAAUCACGACGGACGCUGAACUAGGCCGAUUGAAGCAAGACAUACUGCAUGGUGAAUCGCUUGACAGCAUUUUGAACAGUUUUGAACAGUACGACGCGACGGUGACGCGGGUCGACCGGCCCGUCGUAGUGGCGCUGGUAAAUAAGUUGCGGACCGUCGCGGCCUGCAGGAACCGCACUCGAGAGCCCAUUGUCAACGGGUCAUUCGUUGCACCAGAAACGUGUAACGUGACUCCUCGUCACGCGGAACCCUCGGCUCUAAACCCAUCAGCAGAGCCGAAGCGGUGUCCGAAGAAACUGUCCAGGGCGAACAGCAUCUUACUGAGGUCGCCCGCCAUGUGCGGCGUGGUGGCCGACCGGAAGAAAAUGUUCGAACGGCGCUGAAACGGCGCUGGCCGGAAGUCGCCACGUCGCCGCCGUAUAUCCGGUGCGUGAUCUACGGUCGUAUUAAUUGUUUUAGUUAUUGUUGCGUUAUAAUGUCGUAAGAUUUAUGCGGAGCAAUGAUAAUAGUUAUAUUGUAAUACAAUUAUAUUAUAUUUGCCGCCUCCACGCCCACGCGCAAUACGUCCAAUA